AUGUCUUCUGUUGCAAAUCCUGCAACGGGCAAUCCACAAGAUAUAGACAUUGGAACAAUUCGCAAGCUUAUGAAACCAUUAGUUGAAAGAUCAGGCAAAUCUUCUUCAGAUUUGUGUAAUGAUUAUGCAAACUUAACAACAGAUUUAAAAAAUAACGCAGACAUCAACGAGAGUAACCUCUGGUCAUUACUAAGUGAUCUAUCAAAUAAAAAUCCACAAAUAAAUGAAAGAUAUGUUAAAAUCACAAAAAACGAUCCUGAACUGGUACAUUCUGUAUUAUUCCUCCAGUGGCUUGAAAAAGAGUAUAGGAAGAACCCUGUACCAACAGAAAUAUCAGAAAUUCCAUAUUAUUACAUUAGAACAGGACAAAUUGAAAAAUACUUCGAAUAUUUACAAAAGAAUAAGCAAAACGAUUGGAAAAUAGCUACUCUUGCUGGAUGCUUAUCUCAAAAAGACUAUAAAACAUGGAGAAUUUCAGCAAGAAACCUCGCAAAUUCAAAACAUAUAAGUCCUGAUGAGGCUGCUAUCUAUAGCAUCCUUUCUGGUGACUUGUAUGCAUGCAUGCAGUAUGCUAAAACAUACUAUGACCAGCUUUGGGCAAAAAUUUUCUGUAUGUUAAGCGAUGCCGAAGCUAAAAACCCAUACGACAUUAAAGAAACCAUUCGUCAAUUCCCAACACCAUCGAAUACACAAGAAAAUCUUGUUUUUACAGUUUUCCGUGAUGGAGUUGAUUCAUUACUCAAAGAACAGAAUCUUCCACUUGCAUUUAAGAUACAUACAGUCUCUGUUUUCCAUAGCUGCCCAUCAGAUCUCAUUAAACAGUUCAUAGAACCAAUUGUAAAUAAUUUUGCACUCGGAAUUGCCUUUUUCUAUUGUUCAUUAGCAGAAACAGACGAAGCAGUCAAAUUAAUCUCAGAUAUUCUUACCGGUUUACCUUAUCCUGAUGAAAAAGCCCUACAAAUUACAGAUUAUUUCAAAUUACCAUCUACAAAGAUCGUAGAUGCGGCCAUUGACAACAUAAUUAGCUCCAGGGUCGAUGAUUUCGACGAAGAUCUCACAGAAGAAGAGCUUAUUGACCGCAAAAUUGAAGCAUUAGGUUGGCUCGAGAUCGCGCGCUGCGAAGAAGUGGCCGAAAAGAAGGUAAGGAAACUCCUUGGUAAACUAGCUCUCGAGAAACAAUACAAGGGAUGCUCCAAGCUUUUGCAGACAAGAGGAAAUCUUUUGACCAACCAAAUAGAAAGGGAUUCAUGGAACGCUCUUGUUAUUGCUGAACUCAAGACAACAGCGCAAAACCUUUCCGAGAUACUUUUGUUCAAAGGAGGAUGGAUGAAUCGUUGUGAUAUCGAAGAUGAAGUUGCCAGAUCUAUUUUAAUGCUUGUUUCUAAUCAGUUGAUUGAUACAUACAUAGCUAGUGGCGAAACUGAGAGAGCAAUGGCUGUUCCUGCGAUGAUUUGCUGUCCAACUAAAAAUAUGUUGAGGUGGCUCAAACCAUCAGACGCAAAAGAACUCUUGCUUAAGAUAAAGAAUGUUGGUAUUGCUCAAUUUAAAGCUGCCAAUACAGAAUAA